UGAAAGUAACAGUCUCAUCGACUGGGGCGCUUUACUCAGCGUGUUCACUCGUGGUUACUUCGAGUGGAGAAGACUGUAGGCGGGUGUAUGUAAACUUAACAUAAAGAGGUGACAUAAAGAGGGAAUUUCCGAGUCAUUUGGGUGGACGUUGCAUUGAAAAAGGGGCGAAUUUACUACUUUUUGUAUUCUGCAUGCCUGGAAGUGUCAGCGGUCCUAUCUACAGAGAUAAGCAAACAACUGCCACUUGUUGAACGUACUCUGAAGAUGGUUUCCCAAUGAGAUAGCCUGGGUCAUCGAAUCUAAAGACCAAGAAGUCCGAAGAAUUUUCUGGAAUUUCGACCCAUAUUACAGUGCAAGCAGAGUAUAAGCAGAACCAUGGUCCAGUCUGAAUGCUGGCUCCUCAGGGGGGUGCUGAGUUUUAUUUGUCUAUUACUAAUGUGCAUAAACGCAGCACCAGAUCUCUGUAAACCUCUGAAAACAGUAAAGGACGACCUAAAUAUAAGCAAAAGGAGACGUUUUAUGAAAAUUAACUUUCCCAUUAACUAUACCAUACAAGUGCAUUAUGAGGAGGUGUUCAAACUACGCAACAUCAGCAGACUGAAUAUGAGUGAUGACGAGGAGCCAGUGCUGAAAAGAGAUUUACAGGAUCUGUGGCUUACGAUUAGUAUGCAGGGUAUAAAGAAGGUUUUAAAUGUGCUGCCAGUGAGACAUCCGACACGCCAGAAAUACCUCUCCAAUCUGGACAAUCUCUUCAAGCAGUUUGAGGUGGUUUAUAGUCAACAGAAUCCCCCAAAUGGCGAGAGAGAAUAUCCAGAAAGAAUACAAGACAUCUUCGAUCGAUUGCAAUCUGAUGAGGGAUGGAAGUCUGUUACACCCAAGUCAAUACUGGACAACUGUUAUCGGACCAUGCUUUGCCUAUUUAAAGAGUGCUUCACAAAAGAGGAUGACAGAUAUGAUUAUUGUGAUGAAAACUGGAGGAGAGGGAAUAAAACCACAUAGCAGUAGAUCCAAGCAGACCUGAUCCUGUCUUCGUGUUGCUGGUUUAGGUGUAAAAGGGUGUUUCCUGGUUUAUGUAGUGACAAGCAGCAUGCUUGUGUGCCUCUUGUCCCAGUGAAGUCACUGACUGCCUCCACCGGUCUUACCCAUAUUGAAUAAUACAACAGACGUCACAUCAGUUGGAAGACUGACCCUGCAGAUUUUGCUGUCCAUCAUUUAGAACAUUUAUACCUCCAUCCACCUGCCAACUUUCAUAUUUAUAUUUUAUAUUUUGCUAAUAAAUUAUCAUGUAUGCACUGUGUGUGUGCUCUUUGGAGGGGAGCAGCUUUGACUCUUCGCUGUACCAAUUACUAUUUGUAAUUCCCAAAAAGUCUAUGGCACCGUGCCUUCUGUUUUAGGAAAAUACAUAUUUUGUCCUUGAUGUAUGCCAAAAAAGGUGUAUUAUCAUUGCCACGUUGUAAAUGUUCAUGGUAAGAUUUACGUAAGGUGUAUUAAUACAAUGGAGCUUUUUUUUUAACACAUAUUAUUUGCCUGCAAAAGUUGUGCUGACUGCUGGCUUAGUCGGCAUUGUUGCUUUUACCCAGAGGCUUUUUACUUUGUGCUGGUUAAAUGUUUAAAGAUUGCAACAAAGUCUUCCUAUAGAAAGCUUCAAGGUGAUAAAGAGAGUUUUAUAUCAAGUUUGCAUAUAUUUUAUACACAGAUUUUAAUCUAGGUUAUUUAUUUGGACUCCUGCCACAGAAUGUUCUGGUAACUGUUGUAACAAGGCUUGAAAAAUAAACCUCUCACUAUUACCCUA